AGUUAUUUCGUUUCGGUGUCAUUACAUCUUGUUUUAUUGAACACAGAAACCUUGAAUUUGUAGCAAACGAAGAUUUGAUAGCAUUGAGAAUGUCGUUUUGCUAUCCAUCUUCACCAAGAAAACUGGCGAUGACGGUGGCGUGUUUUGCCUCAGGGGCAGCUCUUUUCGCCAUUGGAAUCCAUUUUUCGUAUCUUAACGUUGCUCCUCAGCAAGCUCGUACUAAAGCCCGUAAUGAUUUUGUCAAAGAACGCCUCAGGCAGAAACAAGGCAAGUUUAUGUGGACACCACACCCGAGAAAGGUUAUUGAAAACCAUUCUCUAGCUGGUCGAGGGAUUUCUCUGGACAUCCACCCUGAUGAUCCUCCAGCUACUCAUAAGCCUCACAGUCCUGCAUUAACCAAUUGUGUUACUAGGCUCACAGCGCUGUUUGAUGCCCGGUAUGGCUGGUCUUUUCGUAUGGAUUUGACAGACAAAGUGCAUAUGAACCCUCUCUUUGACUUUAUGAAACGAGAAAAUGAAAGCUUCACUCUUUAUAAACGCUUUGUUAAGUUGUAUAAAAGAGUAAUAGUACCUUGCACUGAUUCUUCUUUUACGGCUUCCGCUCUGAGUGCUUUUCUCGACCUUGUUCAAUUUGACAAGCCGGAUGAGGAACUGGAGACGGAUUUGCUUGCUUUUUUGUCUGGUGUUGAUAUUUUUGCCACCAACGAUCAUUAUGACCUGUGCUCCCCUAUCAUUAUGUAUUUUCAUCCUCGACGGGUUUCUCAGUUUACUGAACACGGUGCUCGUAAUCAGUGUGGAGCUCAGGAUUUCCAACCUGAUGCUUCAGCUACUCAUGAAACCAAUCUUGGGCCUCCUCCUAUAAGGAUCACACUCAAGGAGCUUUGUAUUAUUAAGCUCACAGCAAUGUUUGAUGUGCGUUAUGGGAAUAAUUUUCGUCGGGCUUUGAUGAUGAGAGUGCUAACGAACCCUCUGUUUGAGUUUCUGUUUUUCCGCCGGGUUUCCCUGAGCCCCCAGCUUGAGUCUAUGGAUCCAACUGAGAUCAGGUUCAAUAUUUUCUAUGUGCUUGUCAAGGCGUAUGAAAGAGUAUUACUGCCUUCCAAAGAGCUGAGGAAGCGUGAUGAUGCUCGUAUGGGAGCCGUUCUUGAUGUUUUUUUUAACAUUCUUCAGCUGAAGAAGAAGCUGGAUGGGGAAGUGGAGGCGGCUAUGAUUAAUUUACAUGCUUUUGUGUUUGGUGUUGACUGUUUUUCUCACAUAGGUGUUGCUGCUUUUUCUGCUAUCAUGCCACCGCCUGAACGCUUUUCAGUGAUGAUGAAGCCUGAUAUGCUUGUGCAGCUUCCACUUGGAUUUCAGCGUUUUAGUGAUCAAUAUCAAUGUCUUGGUGACUAUUUAAGUCUUCCGCCUCCAAUACACCAGCCCGGCAGCCCCUAUCAUUUAGAGUCCCUCCAACGGAGAGUGAUGAUGAACCCAUGGUUUAAUUUCUCGCUGCAUUAUGAUAGCCGGUACACUUUUUAUGAAGCGCUUCGUGCUGCGUAUUCCAGUGUAUUAAAUCAUUCCAAAAAGCUGAAGAAGAGUGAUGCUUGUAGAAAGACCGUUCUUGAGGAUUUUUUUAACCUUGUUCAGUUGGAGAGGCUGGAAGAGGAGGCGGCUAUGAUUGAUUUGCAUGCUUUUGUGUUUGGUAUUGACUGUCUUGCUCACAUGGAAAAUGUCCAGUAUUCUGCUGUCAUGUCAGAACCUGAACACCCUUCAGUGAUGAUUAACCGGCAAACACAUACGCAGCCUUCACUAAGAAUUCCGGUUUCUGAAUGCCCUGUUCAGAGGCAAGGUGUUGUACCUCUCAGGCGAAGACGUACCUAUAAAUUUCUAUUUGGAUUGGGCAGGAUCACACUCAAGCAGCUUGGUGUUUUGAAGUUCACAGCUAUGUUUGUGGCGCGUUAUGGUCUGCAUUUUUGUCGGGAUCUGAUGAAGAAAGUGGGUGGGAUAUAUGAGUUUGAGUUUAUGGAGCCAUCUAAUAGCAAGUUCGCUUUGUAUGACGAGGUUCUUGAUGCGUAUUCCAGAGUAAUAAGGCCUUGCGAUGAUGCUUGUACGGCGGACGUUGUUGCGGGUUUCUUACGCCGUCUUGAAUUGGAGAAGCUAUAUGUGGAUGGCGAAUCGAAUAUCGAUAUGCAUGCGUUUUCGAGUGGUGUUGAGUAUUUUGCUGACAAGGAGGAUGUUGGCUAUUGUGAUUUAGUGCCACCAGCUGAACCCCUUUUAUGUAUAAUGAAGGAAAUACCACCGCUGAGAUAUGGGUGUUCAAUGGAGAAGAUGCAAACUGCACGAUCCGGGGAACGAGAGUCGAGAGGCAAAGAGACGAAAGGUCCCUAUUGGAUCAUGAUCAGGGUUUCUGGUGCAGACGACUAUGGUGGAGUCUUUGAAAUCGGAAAAAUGGGAGAGCUGUCGUUAUCAGAUAAAGUGGCAAGUUUGAAGAAGAGAAUAGGUUUAACGAUCCAGAUUCCAGCACACAGACAGAUGUUAAGUGGAAAAGCUGGGGUUUUAGAGGACAACAGGUCACUUGCACAUUACAAUGUUGGAGCAGGAGAAAUUCUAACAGUGUCUUGGUGACAAGGUUUCUUCUGUGUGGCACAAUUUCCUUCCUUUGCGCUUGGGGACAAGCUGCAUCUUAAAGAAGGGGGUAUUGAUAAGUUACACACGGUCUUUUUUAGCACACACGUGUGAAGGGGGUGACAAGUAUGACGGUUGAGGAGUUACAGGGAUCAGACGUGCGAAGGGUUAAGAGUUUGUUUAGAGGAUUAGUCGUCAUGAGACUAUCGUGUGGAGAUAGAUCCGAAUGAAUGCUGAGGAUCUCA